AUGGAAGAGUUCUUUGCACAGGCAGGCGGCUUGCUGGAGCAGGCAGAAACCUUACAGUACACAGAGGAAGACGCAGAACGGAUUAGGUGGGAUGAACUGACCACAGAUCUCCCCCAAACUACUACCCUCAAAGAAAUCUACCUGGAACUGAUACGGCUAAAAAAGAAAGAGACUGACUUGGAUUUGCAUGGAUUGUUCCUAUCGGAUUACCAUAGGAGAUUACAAAUACCAAGGGGGAUUAAGAACAUCCCUACAAUAGGGCGAGCAAAACCAAAAGUCUGCAAGAAAUGGAUUGCAGUACUAAAUAAAUGCUCCCUAGACCUGAUCCUUAUCAUCAUAGAAGACGUAAAGGAAGAUCUCAUCAAGAUUAGACAGCGCAUUACACUACUUGAAGCAAAGGAGGCCUUACUAUUAACCUCAGAAGAAACAGCCCCUACCCUGUUGAAACUUGAACAAAACGUUAAAGAGUACAAGACCGACCUGAUUAGAUUCAAGCGUGAAAAACAAGAAAAGGUCAAGAGCGACUACACGGAACACAGGGUAUAUAGGUGGUUGAGCGGCCAGAACGAGGCCCCACGCUUCACAAGGAACAGAAGACCCAUUAGGAGACCAAGGCAAUAUACAAUUGAUAAAACCUCAGCUGACUCUACCUCAGACUCAGAUUCCCAACCAAGAACCCAGAACGCACAACAAACGAACCUUUUUUUAGAGAAGGGCAACACAGCAACAGGCACCACUACGAGACAACGGGCCAGACAAGAUAUCGAAGAAAACAACAUAUCACAAGAAGAGGACAGAAGGGCAGGAUUUACUGGGCAAAGAGGCAGACCACCACGCCAGAGAUAG